UCAAUCGUUCAACUUCCGGAACAAAACUCAAUCGUUCCAUACUGAACAAAAAAAGCCAGCCUCAUGCAAAUUAUGCAAUUGUAAUCACUCCAUGAUGAGUUGCGUAAAAUUCAAAGAACUAUCCGUUUAUGAUCGGAAUAAGUUCGUUAAAGAAAACAAUUAUUGUAAAAAUUGUUUGGCAUACUCGCAUUCAGAGAGAGAUUGUAAAAGUAACUUCACUUGCGUGUAUUGCCAAAAGCGACACCACUCUCUCCUUCAUUUUCCAGCGAAAUCCCAAACGCCAAACAACAAAAACCCCACUAAAAACUACGUCACAUCUCACGUGACCAUUGACAAUGAAAUGUCAUGUACCUCUACCCAAGCCGCCGCAGAAAAUGCAUCUCAAAGCAACAAUGAUAAGGUGCUCUCACAUUUCUCAAGCAGUAGAGACAGAACCUUACUCCCUACAGCAAAUAUCCCUAUCUUCCACAAAGGAGAAACAGUUCAAAUUCGUGCUCUCAUAGACCAAGGAUCCCAAAAGACUUUUGUAACCUCUCGUGUACAAAAGCUUCUUGGUCUACCCACAACCAAAACAAACUAUGAAAUAUUAGGAAUGGGCUGACGAACAGUUCAGAAUGCGAACAAAAUUUGCUCACUCACAAUAUGUUCUCCAGAUCUCAAAAUAAAAAUCGCAACUCACGCAAUAAUAAUCCCCCAAUUGACGCACUUUUUACCAUCAUUCAAGGUGACAUACGUUGAUCUCCAAGAAUACGCCUCACUUCUUCUAGCCGACCCUAACUGCUUCGCACCUGCCAGGAUAGACAUGGUGAUUGGUAGCGACAUUCUCCCCAAAAUACUAAUUCCAGGUCUUAAAACCAACGUUGGCGGAAGCUUAAUAGCCCAAAACUCCAUCUUUGGGUGGAUAUUAAGCGGCCCAGUUGCGGAACAAAUCUCAACAUUUUCCACCCAGGUAGUUGAAGGCUCAGCAGAUUCCCUAGGUGAUCUACUCAAAAGAUUUUGGGAACAAGAGGAGGUUCCAUCGGCUCCCACUCACACAGACGAUGAUGAAUUUUGCGAGGAGCUCUACAAAAAUACCACCUAUCGGAGAGAAGACGGCCGCUACGUAGUAAAACUCCCAUUCAAGUCAACAUUUCCCGACUCAACCGCACUAGGGCACUCCAGACCCGCAGCUCAGCAGCAAUACCUCAGCAUCGAGCGGAGCAUCGAGAAGAAAGCGGAACUCCAAACCACAUAUUCAAAGGUCCUCGAAGAAUACUUGACUCUAGACCACAUGGAGCCCACAAAGUCACGCGAAAUCAUACGUGAUGGUAAUUAUUUCUCAUUUUACCUGCCACAUCACGCUGUGAUUAAACCUGAUAGUAAAACUACUAAAGUCCGAGUAGUUUUUAAUGCGUCAAAACUCUCUCACUCUGGCCUCUCACUUAAUGACGUACUGCACACAGGUCCCGUUCUCCAAAAUGACCUAAUGCUUAUAAUUCUCAAAUGGAGGUUAUAUAAGUAUGUGUUCAAUGGCGACAUUGAAAAAAUGUAUCGCCAGAUAUACGUCCACAAGGAAGACCAGGAUUUCCAGCGAAUCCUAUUCCGCAGAUCCCCCGAAAGACCGAUAGAAGACGUUAAACUAAAACAGUUACAUUUGGCGUUAACUGUGCUCCCUAUUUGGCCAUAAGAACACUCCAUCAAUUGGCCCAAGACACACAACAAACAUCCCCAAGAAGCACAGCAAUUUUAGUCAACGAGACUUAUGUUGACGAC